AUGAUAGUUUGGGUUCAUCUUCCCGAGCUGAAAAUUCACUUCUACCACAAGGAGGUUCUGACUACCUUGGGUAACUUGAUUGGACGCACGAUUAAGCUUGAUUACCAUACCCUCACCCAACAAAGGGCAAAGUUUGCUCGGCUUGCAGUGGAGGUCGAUGUUUCCAAGCCUCUCGUUCCUAGGAUUUGGCUGGAUGAUGACUGGCAGCCCGUUGAGUACGAGAAUCUUCCUGUCGUUUGCUAUGAGUGCGGGAAAAUUGGCCACUCUACUACGACUUGUCCCCUGCUCCGGUCGGUCUCUGUCACAGUGGCGGCGGAUAUCGUCGCCGACGGCUCACAAGCUCUCUCGCCGGACGUUUCGCAGGAAACGAACGCGGGAUUCGGCCCGUGGAUGCUAGUCUCGCGGAAAGGGCGGCGGAACCCAAGGGAAUCACUCAGCAAAGGAAAGGAGAGAGAUUUGGGGAACACCACUAAAGGAAAGGAACGGGAAUCGGGGGAUCACCACCAUGGGGUCUUGGCCAAGAAUGGAAAGAGCACAUUGAAAAACAAAUAUCCGGAGAAUACCUUACCGGUGGUGGCGCUUCAGAGUCCGCCGCGACAACAAAGAACCUCGGCCCAGGAAAGGAAAGAAAAGGGAGGCAAACCUAAUGGGGAAGGAAGAAGGAACGACAAAGAGGUUGUGAGGGAGGAGGGCCCUCCCGUUGGAAAAAGUUUACUGGGCCCUGGCCCAUCUCAGGAGGUGACGUUUAAAACGGGACCAAAGCCCACCGUCGAUGCCUCAGCUCCUCCAACGUCCAUCUUUCAAGCGGCCUCAUCUUCCUCGCCAACGAGUUGA